CGGAGCCGGGUUAGCUGUUUCCGGUCGACAAGCUAAGCUAACCUUCUGCUAGCUUUAGCAAAGUUAGCUUUGUAUUUAACUGCCGUUAACAGACAAAUAUCUAAUCUAAUUCUUGUCAAGAAGGCGUCUAAUUUUUAGUUAAAGUCAAACAGCACCAAGAGAGAGGAAACAUUCAGCUCGUACUGCAGCGAUUCAGAUGCCUUCAACUUUGAGCGAGAGGGACAACCCCUAAACCCCGUUUUUACACGAGGGACAGACACACAGACAUCUCCGUCAUCUUCCACUUCAUGAGAAGGACGCGUCUCGGUAAAAGGUGAUCAGAGAACCGACGGGGGACCAUGGCAGCUACUUUAUCGGUGGAGGAAGAACAGGCUACCAGGCAGUUUCUGGAGGAAAUCAACAAAUGGACCAGUCAGCAUGGAGUGUCACCGUUGUCCAGGGAAUUGGCCGUCAAGUUCCUCAUGGCUCGCAAGUUUGACGUCCUCCGAGCCAUCGAGCUAUUCCACAGCUACAGGGAAACACGUCUGAAAGAAGGAAUCGUCAGACUUCAGCCUCAGGAAGAACCUCUGCGCUCGGAGCUGCUCAGUGGAAAAUUCACUGUGUUGAGUGUACGGGAUCCUUCGGGGGCCUCCAUCGCCUUGUACACAGCCAAACUUCACCACCCAAACAAGACAGGCAACCAUGUGGUGCUUCAGGCCCUCUUCUACCUCCUGGAUCGGGCCGUGGAAAGCUUUGAGACCCAGAGGAAUGGCUUGGUGUUCAUCUACGACAUGGCGGGCUCCAACUACACAAACUUUGAGCUGGACCUGAGCAAGAAGAUCCUCAACCUGCUCAAGGGGGCGUUCCCUGCCAGGCUGAAGAAGGUGUUGAUUGUUGGGGCUCCUGUUUGGUUUCGAGUGCCCUACAACCUGCUCAGCCUGCUUCUCAAGGAGAAACUUAGGGAGAGGGUCCAGAUGGUGAAAAUGGCCGAACUCCGCCAGCACCUCCCCAGAGACUGUCUCCCCCAGCACCUCGGCGGCCUGCUGCCUCUGGAGUCAUACAGCUGGAACCAGCAGCUGCUGGCGGGCCAGAACGGCCAGGUGGACCCAGUGGACGAACUGGUGGGCAUCCCCGUAGAGGACUCUUCCAUCCACGUCCCCGGACCCGAGUCCAUGCGUCCACAGGAGCUGCUGGUACACCUUGGCAGGCUUCAGCGCUCAGGCAUCCAUCAAGAGUAUGAGGAGGUCCGCAAAGAACCGCCGCCCGGAACCUUCCACUGUGCACAAUCAGCCUACAAUCAGGAGAGGAAUCGCUAUGGAGACGUGCUGUGCCUUGAUCAAACAAGAGUUCGUUUGAAAGCCAGGCGGAACGAGAGAUCAGACUACAUCAAUGCCAGCUUCAUGGACGGCUACAAACAGAGGAAUGCAUAUAUUGGUACUCAAGGACCGCUGGAAAAGACCUACGGUGAUUUCUGGAGAAUGGUUUGGGAACAAAAUGUGCUUGUUAUCGUCAUGACAACCAGGACAGAUGAGGGCAGUCGGAGGAAGUGUGGCCAGUAUUGGCCUCUGGAUGAAGGGGGGCAGGAGGUCUAUGGUCACAUGGCAGUGGUUAACCAAAGGGUGGACCACCACACCCACUACAACCACACCACCCUCGAACUGCACAACACUGAGACAUGUGAACAGAGACAAGUGAGUCAUUUCCAGUACCUCAGCUGGCCUGACUACGGCGUUCCCACCUCGGCAGUGACUCUCAUCGACUUCCUGGGAGCUGUGAAGAGACAACAGAGGAAAAUGGUGAAGGCUUUGGGACUUCAGUGGGCAGGCCACCCACAGGGACCCCCUAUAGUGGUCCACUGCAGUGCAGGGAUUGGGAGGACAGGUACCUUCUGUGCCCUGGACAUCUGUCUGUCCCAGUUACAGGACGUAGGCUCACUAAAUGUUUGCCAGACAGUGCGACGCAUGAGAACACAGAGGGCCUUCAGCAUUCAAACCCCGGACCAGUACUACUUCUGCUACAAUGCCAUUUUGGAGCACGCCCAACGGCAGGGCCUGCUCCCAGCCAAUCAGUGAGCUUCAGCCCUGACUUCCCAAAUUAAUCCAUGAGCCCUGAGAUUUCUGCAGCCAAUCUGUUAACCCCGAGCUGUGUUGUGUGACCAAUUCGUGAGCCCAGGAAAGUUAACUUCUUCACAGAGGCUGACUUCUGAAAGUAGGCCAUCCUUCAUUGGCAAGCCAGACCAAGACAAGACAGUGACGAGCAAAGGCCUGAGUGUUUGACAUUAUGAUGUUUCAAUGUGAUAACAUUCUCGCUUCCAACAAUGUGACAUUUUGUUUACGCCGAACAUAUCUCAGACAAUACAUGGCAGUGUGAACAAACUGCUCCUGUGUCGCGCAGUUUUGUGGUCUAUGGUCAGACACAUUGGGCGGAGUGAUCGAGGAAAUGUUCAUUAACCUUUUGUUUAUUUAUUCGCUACUUUAAACAGAUGGUUUAGGGGACCUUUAAAGGAGCAGUUCACCCCAAAUUAAAAUCAGUAACCACUCAUCCAAUGUCAGUUAAAAUCCCACCGUUGGAUUGCAGAACAGUGAAGAUGACCUUUUUAAAUGCAUUUCAAAUUCUCCUUAAAUGCUUAAGUUAACAUGGCCAUUGUGUGCCAAAAAGGCAUGUUACUUUUUACCCUAAAGCUGCAGUGGAAGGUUUAUUUGCAGCCAAAUAACUGUCCUAUGAACAUAAUUACUGUACACAGACAAUAUCUUGGUCAGGUGCAUGGUGUAAAAAUUAAACGCAGAUGAGAUAGACCCACAGCAGCUAACGUUAUGCUUUUAAUGCACAAAUUGUGCUAAUUAGACUUUUGAAGGGUAACUGUGAUAUUUUUCAUACUGGAUCCUAUUUUCCCAUGUUUUUGUUUGUAAGUGACUAAUGGGAACAGCAUUUUUUGAAAUUGUCCCGGUACUGAGCGAGAGGGCUGCAGCCAUCUGCGGCGAAACAGGCUGCUGGUGUGCAAUUCCCCAUUAAGGUUACACUGCAGCUCCUUUGCUGAAUACUGGACCAAUUUUAAAAACUGUUGUUCUCAUUAGUCACUUAGACACAAAAACAUGAGAAAAUAGAGUCAGGGUUGAAGAAUAUCAAACUUACCUGCUAAAGGGGAAUUUAUACUUGUGUGUUGGCUCUUUGCAAACCCUACGCCGUAGUCUACGCUGCCUACGUGAUCAUUUAUACUUGUGCCGCUCUGCAGUUACACCUCCAAAACACUAGCUGGUGUCUGGGUUUCUGUGAAGUGCUUUAAAGUUUACUUGAUUCAAAACACACCCAAAACACACAUUAAACAUGGCUUAGUAACAACAAUCUCAAACACAAGUACACAAAUCGGCUUCAUUAUAACUCGCAGCAUUCACAGACAAACACUUGUCUUUAUCUGGACACAUUUUCCCCACAAAAACAACAUGCUAAUGUUUUUAGCAGCACAAGUCUAUGGCAUUUUACAUUGUAUACAUUAGCUUAGCAGCUAGCAGACUUUUCCUCUGUUCAUAUAAAACCAGGGACAACAGCAACAUUUACCAAAGGUAAAGUUAAAAAUUCUGCUCCAUUACAGCACACAAGGUUCACUGACAAAACAACUGUCUUAUACUAAACACGUUUUCCAAACAAAUACAACAUGCUAACGUUAUUAGCACAAGCCUAUGGCAUUUUACAUUGUAUAAAUUAGCCUAGUGACUAGGGGAGAUUUCCUCUGCUCAUAUGAAGCCAGGAUAAAUCACAUACAAGACUUAAGAUGCUAUUUUUGUGGAGGCUUUACAGUUUAUUGUUUCUUAUCUGUGAAAUUAAAGUAAAUAAAAGCUUUGUUUCCACUGAGGGAAAUGGUUUCAGCUUACAGAAAUAGACAGGAGUUCUGUGUCGCUGCAACGUGUAGUUACAUUUCUGGGGAGGUGCACGUCAGGCUACGGCUUAGGCUCUGUACAAGAAAUAAGUUACUGACCCGAUUUUCAUUUUGGGGUGAAAUGAUCCUUUAGCUAAGCACACCAUUUUUAAUUCCAAACGAUCUCCACUGUUAUGGAACAAUAUAAGGUUUUAGUCAGGUCAUAGUUUUUUCACCUCCUGUGUCCAGGAAAUAUUGUGUAGUGCAUUUUUAGCACAUGGUAUUUGUCACGUAGAUGGUACGAGCUAGUCUCAGGAGCGUCAUACUGAACACAAGGAGGUGAAACUGCCCAUCUUGUUAUCAAAAACAAUUUAGUUAGAAAGUCUUUUGCCAAGAGGAUGUUGUAUUCCUCUGAGGUUUCAUGAUGCAUUCUCCUUUGCCUUACUGAAAAACCCUGAACCGCUGUGAAGAGGAGUAAAGCACCUCCGUAAUGGCCGAUACAUCCCCUCUGUGAUCAUUAAAUUGCUCCAUGUGAAUUCCUCUUUAGUUCUUUUUUUUGUUUCUGUUUUUCCAUUGACAGCCUGACCUUCCAUCUCACCUAAAUAUUGAGAUUUCCUGACUUGCAGCACAGACAAUGAGCAGUGUUUUCGGCCGCCUUCGCUCACUAGCAGUGCCAUCAUGCUUCGGUGAUUGUGGGAAUGUAUCGCUUAACGCCCCCACAUAUGCACACGCACACAUUUAGAGCAGUCUGCAGUGACUAUGCCAUCGAAGCGUACAUAUGUGUACAUCUGUGGAAGUCAUCGGUUAAGACCUCAUGAGUAGUGCAAUACUUCUUUUUUUAUUUUCUUUUACACAAAUCAUGUCUUAGCACUUUUAAAUAACGAUUUUCAAUGUGCUCUGAGAUUAGUCAUUGUAGAGAUAGGAUGCGACAACACCUAAUACUUAAUUCUGUAGGUCUACAUGUGAUGCUGGGAUAAUUGUUAAAUUUAGUGAUGCUAAAAACACAUUGUGACAAUUUGAUCUCACUGUAAACAUCUGCGUAGAGCUUUAUUGGGACGAAUCAAGAGGAUUUUACAGGGACGCCAGAAAUGAAUGAUAGACUAGCUGAAUAAGCGUGCACAAACCUGUGCCUACACCCUUUAGAGUCCGUCUUGGGCGACUGAGAGUCUGAAGUGUAUUUUUCAUUCGUAUUGUGUUACUUUUAAGUUCUACAGACUGUGGUUGUAAUCCGUGCUUUCAUCUGGUCCCAGUAUCUUGCCAUUAUUAUAGAGUACAUGUACAAAACCUGAGUGUCUGUGUGUCAUACGUUGCAUUAUGUUGUUGCUGGGUGAAAAAAAAACGUGUUCUUUGCUACAGAAUUCAUAUUGAAUUUGCUUGUAGUGAAGCAUUUUUUAAGUCUGCCAUCCUCAUGCACUCUGAUUUUAGAAUUAUUUUUUUCCUUUCAAUGACAGACGCAAAAUGUGCCCUGUUUUAUUUUUCUAUUAUUGUAUUCAACAACUGUUUUCAUACGAUUACCCAGGAUAUACAGUUAUCUACAUUAAUUUUAUAUUUGUUCUAUUAUAACCUGUUACUUUAUCAUUCGUAUGACUAUUGAAUCAAGCUAUACUGUAUUAAAUACAAACUAUGUCAACAAA